AUGACCCAGGCGGCCGCGGGACGGGAGUCCGGCCCGCUGCGCCGUCGUUCCGCUCCCGCGCCCCAGGCCGCUCCGGAGACCCUCCCCGGCCUCUUGCAGCUUGCUCCCCGGCCUCUUGCAGCCCUUGCCCCUCGACCCCACUCACCCUUGCCUAGCCGUCGCGCCGUCGCGCGUUGCCCGGACAACGGCUGCGCGCGGUACGCGGAAAUUGCCGAAGGGCCCGUAGGGGGGCGCGCCCGCUGGAAACCUCGAGCGAGCUCGUCCCCGCGCGCAUCGCCCCGCCCCGCCCCGCGCGCUGUCCGCCCCGCCCCGCCCGGCGGCGACGGCCCCCCAGCGCCCGCGGGCGGCCCGCAGGACCAGCACCACUUCCUCCGGUCCAGCGUGAGGCCGCAGAGCAAGAGGCUCAGGAAGGACUCGUCGUGCGCCGGGGGCAGCGGCGGCGCGGGCGGCUCGGGGCCGCGCGGCAAAGGAGCUGACGGUGGCGGAUCGUCAUCUGGAAAUGGGUCUGGGGCUGCUCCCGCUGCCGCUGCAGGGGGCUCUCGCUCCUCUUCCCGGAACUUGGGGUCUUCCAGCGGCGAGAAAGAAGAAGGCAAGAAGGCCCGGCGGCAGUGGGAGUCUUGGAGCACAGAAGACAAGAACACUUUCUUCGAAGGGCUGUACGAGCACGGGAAAGACUUUGAAGCCAUUCAGAACAACAUUGCCCUCAAGUACAAGAAGAAAGGCAAGCCCGCGAGCAUGGUGAAGAACAAAGAGCAGGUCCGGCAUUUCUACUACCGCACGUGGCACAAAAUCACCAAGUACAUUGACUUUGAUAACGUGUUCUCCCGUGGGCUGAAGAAGUCGUCCCAGGAGCUGUAUGGUCUGAUCUGCUACGGCGAGCUGCGGAAGAAGGUCGGGGGCUGUAUGGACGACAAGAAUGCGACGAAGCUGAAUGAGCUCAUCCAGGCCGGGGCCACCACCGUGCGCUACAAAGGGAGAAACCUGCGGAUCAAGGCACCCAUGUGCCGUGCGCUGAAGAAGCUCUGUGACCCAGAAGGCUUGAGCGACGAAGAGGACCAGAAGCCAGUGCGCCUGCCCCUGAAGGUCCCAGUUGAGCUGCAGCCAAGGAACAACCAUGCCUGGGCCCGCGUGCAGAGCCUGGCCCAGAACCCGAGGCUCAGGAUGAUUGUGGAGCUCCACCGGAAGGUCUCCAGCCUCAUUGAGUUCUUGAAACAGAAGUGGGCGCUGCAUGAAGUGCGGAUUCGGAAGACACUCGAGGACCGGCAGCUGCAGCACUCGCUCACGGAGCCGUCGCAGGAGAAGGUGGCACUGCACCUGUUUCCGGGAGAGAGCUGCACGUUAACGCCGCUGCCGGGAGUGGCCCGCGUUGUGCACUCCAAAGCCUUCUGCACGGUGCACUGGCAGGAGGGUGGCCGGUGCAAGCAGAGCUCCAAGGACACCCACACAUUGCCUCCAGCCCAGAUCCUGGGCAUCCAGAGUGGCCAGGGCACGGCCAGGGGCCAGGUGAAAUGCCCACGGGGCAGCGCCGAGGGCAAGGGCCCGGGACGUCCCCCUCCUUCCACCGAUGCCUCACAGAGCUCCGGAGAGAGUUCUCCUGAAAGUGCUCCUGGGGAGGGGGCCGCCCCGAGCCUCAGCAGCCUAGACACUCCUGACAGGCUACCCCCUGGGCUCCAAGAUGCCGGGGGACAGCUUGAGAAGACCCCCAUGGCCACUCCCGCGGAGGGCAGGGAUGGCCCCGCCCGAGAGCCUGGGGAUGCGAUGUGCGCCUGCGGCCAGCUCCCAGAGCUGGAGGAUGAGCUCUCCCUCCUUGACCCCUUCCCACGCUACAUGAAGUCCUGUCAGGACCUCAUCAUCCCCGAGCAGUGCCGCUGUGCAGACUUGCGGCCCUCAGGGUGCGCCUCCCCAGAGACUCGCGUCCCAAGCAGCGCGGAGGUGGCUGACCUUGCCCGGGCUGGGGCGCCAUCCCCUGUGCGUGCCCCACCGGGUCCAGAGCCUCAGCCCGGCCCCGGGCUCCAGCCAGAUGUUUGCACUAAAGACUCAGCAGAUGCCCCUGCAGAGGAGCCCCAGGAGAAGGUGAACCCCUCGGAUCCCCCACCUCAGGGACAGCCUGCCGCCAAGCCUCCGAAGGAUGUCCCUGCCAGCCGGCUGGCCCAGCAGCUCCGCGAGGAGGGCUGGAACCUGCAGACCUCUGAAAGCCUUACGCUGGCCGAAGUCUACCUCAUGAUGGGCAAGCCGAGCAAGCUGCAGCUGGAGUAUGACUGGCUUGCCGUGCUGGGCCCUGAGGGCCAGGCCCCUGGCGGGCAGGCCCAGGGCCCCCACACCGGCCCCCCGCCCCCCACCUUCCACAAGCAGCGCCUCCUCAGCUGCCUGCUGAGGCUCAUCUCCACUGAGGUCAACCCCAGGCUGGCUCCAGAAGGGAACGGCAGCUCCACGGCCUCAGUGAGGCCCGCCCAGGAGGAGCAGUCAGCUACGCCCCCAGGGAAGGUGGUGACCGUCAGCUCCCGGAGUCCCCGCUGCCCACGCAGCCAGUCUGCCCUCCGCAGCAGCAAGACCUUCUCUCCCAGCUCCGCACCUUGCUCCUCAGGUCUGAGAAACCCGCCCAGACCCCUGUUGGUGGCAGGCCCCUCUAGCACAGGCAGCAGUGACUCAGACGGUGGCCUUUUUGCUGUCCCGACUACCCUGCCGCCCAACAGCCGCCAUGGGAAGCUCUACUCUCCCAGUAAAGACACAGAACUGACUUUCCGUCAGCACCUGAACUCCAUCAGCAUGCAGUCGGAUUUCUUCCUGCCGAAGCCCAGGAAGUUGCGGAACCGGCACCUGCGGAAGCCACUGGUGGUCCAGAGAACACUGCUUCCUCGACCGUCUGAGCACCAGUCCCACAACGUCUGUUCCUUUUCCAUCCUGUCCAAUUCCUCCGUGACUGGGAGAGGCUCAUUCCGGCCCAUCCAGUCUUCCCUGACCAAAGCAGCCCUGUCUCGGCCAAUUGUGCCCAAGGCCCUUCCACCCCAGGCCACAGGCCACCUGGCCAGUGCUAUCGACUUAGCAGCUAAAAGUGCUGGCAUCAUCCCCGGGAGCCCCCUCCCUGUCUUGGACGCUGAGGGUUUGUCUGGCAUCUCUCCACUGUCUUCAGAUGAGGUGACUCCCACCGUCCCAGGUCAAGACUCCACCUGCACCCACCAGAAUGGAGAUUCUAUUUCCAGUGUUGGGGGCACAAGCGACCCGUUCAUCAGUGUCCCCUCGAGGCCUGAGCAGGAGCCAGUGACGGACGGUUUCCAGGGCUCACCUGUGCUCUCCUUAUCCGAGCUGUCCAAGGCUCCUCUCCACAAUGGGCCCCCAGCACCCCUGCCUGCACCGGAGGGCUCCAGCAGCCGCCUGUCCCCACCCAACGUCUCCGCGCUGCUGGACAUCUCCCUGCCCGGGCCGCCUGAGGACGUGCUCUCGCAGGGCGAGCCCGCCACACACAUUAGCGACUCCAUCAUUGAGAUUGCCAUCAGCUCCGGCCAGUACGGUGAGGGAGUCCCUCUUUCUCCAGCAAAACUGAAUGGCAGUGACAGCUCCAAGAGUCUUCCCUCCCCAUCCAGCAGCCCCCAGCCCGACUGGAUCGCCUCCCCGACCCAUGACCCCCAGUGGUGCCCCAGCGACCCCACAGACUCGUCGCUCAGCAGCUUGUUUGCGAGCUUCAUCUCCCCAGAGAAGAGCCGGAAGAUGCUGCCAACUCCUUCGGGGACCCACAGUGGCACCUCCCUGCUGGGCCCCAGCUUGCUGGAUGGCAACUCGAGAGACUCAUUUGUGUCCCGGUCCCUGGCUGAUGUUGCUGAGGUUGUGGAUUCCCAGCUGGUUUGCAUGAUGAAUGAAAACAGCAUUGAUUACAUAUCUCGAUUCAAUGAUUUGGCCCAAGAACUGUCCAUCGCCGAGCCCAGCCGCCGAGAGGUUCUGUUUGAUGGCAGUGGAGGCGGCCCCCCUGUCGGUGACCUGUCCCAGUGACCACACCUCGUCGGUGGAGGGGCAUCCUGGAGGCCGCAGAGGAGGGCUGCUGGUCCUUCACUGUGGUAGGCGUAGCCCUCUUCAGGCUAAAGGAGGCAGAAAUCAAGCCCAGGAUGCCCCAGAAGACGGUCUGAACAGAGGAACCUCUGCGCCCCAGAAUGUACAACGUGCAGGAAGCCUCAUCCCAAUGGACAGAGGGACAUGGUGGCCCGGGAGGUGAGGACAGGUUCUCUAGGAGGGCCCGUGUCAGAUGUUACUGUGGCGUUGGAGCGGCUCCCUGCCAGCCAUGGGAUAGCGCUUGGCGGCCACAUUUCCGCCCACACUUCCGCCUCACGUGUCGUGUUGGACGUUCCGGUGGGUUAUCUUUCCAAGGGAAAGGAAUGGUGUGUGGCGGCCGCGCCCCAGGGACUCAGCCUCCCCGCUGUCUGCAGGGACACUUCCAGCCACUGCUGCUUUUUUUCUUUCAAAUCUUUCAGUUGCUUUUUCUGCAGAUGACAGGGAAGGACACCUGGGCAUGGCCUGGGCUCUGCCUGGUGGUGUCUGCACCCUUAGUGGACACUUGCGAGGACGCUCAGAUCACAGGGCAGCGUCCCUGGUGCCAUCACCCCAGAGACACUGACCCUUGCCCAUUGCGUUCACCUGGAGGUUUGUUCUGACUGACUGAAUGGGAAGGAGGAGAGAAUCCUGUUUUGGCAGCUUGUGUGGACUUUUAGAAAAAAAAUCAUGCUAAAAUGGUUGGAAAAAGGUUUUCCUUGUGUUUGGAGAACUAGGAGACGUUGAGAAAGAAGGGAGUUCGUGGUUUCCUUCCUGUGUUCAAGCUUCUUGUUGGUCAACUAAGACAUUCCUUCUCUGGUGGGACCGCAGCCAAGCCUUAGCCCGCGAGUCCCUGAACCGCGAGGGCGCUGUUGGCUAGCCGCUGACACACGCGGCCUUUCUCGGGAAGGUCUUCACCUCUUCAGCGUCUCCUCUUCCUUCCACAGGCUUCCGUGCAGAGUCCACACCAUGCAUACGUUUCCUCCUUCGUGUUUCCUCCCACCCCGCGGUCCUCUGUUUCUCUCCCAGUGCAGGGAACGCACGCAAGGCCAGAGCCUGGCUGCAGUCAGAGCGCGCUGAAACCACAUCCCUCGCGUGUGCUCCUCGGGCCUCCUUGGGUGACGGCUUGUCAUCACUGCCGACGGGUCAGUACCCAGUCUUUCCCCAGAAGGGAGCUGACGGGGCUGCUUUGCUUCUCAGCCUUGGGAGGCUCAACAGACAAAACCCCAUCCAGCCCCCUGUCCGAUGUGGCUGGCAGCCAGGGCUAUGGUGCUGGUCAGGGAAUAACCUGUGUGCCAGCGGCCCACCUGCUGCUUCACCCUCCACUUGCUGUCCAGACCAGUUUGGCUUCUGAAACCCACCUGAACUGGGGACGGUUUCUCUUUCCUCUUCCCAACUGUCAGUGGAGUGGCAGCCUCCCAGGCCAGUCCCAGCCCUCUCCACGGGCUUCUCUCCCUGUCCAUGAUGAAGAGGUGAGGCAGCAUGAAAGGGAACAGAAAGGGCCUUUCGUGUGUGCAAGCAGAGGGGAUGCUCCUGACCGCACGGUCUUAGCAGCAGAGGCAGCCGCUCCAGGCUGCGGGCAGUGUCGUUCCCCUGGAGCCAUGGAGGAAAGGGAAAGCAGUUGGGCUUCCAGCCAGUAGGUUCCUCUGAGCUCUUGCCUGUAACGUGGUUUCCUUCUUUCAGGUCUGGUUGUAGGUACAAACAUCACUAAUAAAGGCCAUUGUGGGCAGCUCUUCUGGGGUUUUACAAAAAGUCCCAAAGCUCUGGAGAUGUGUAAGAGAGGGCAUGGCGCUUUAUUAAGAGAGAGCAUCAUUUGAACCAGAGUGUCUUUAAACUAGCUUGUGUAGUUUAGCGAUCCAUCUACUAGCUUCCUGAAAUUAGCACCUUCAGUGGAUCUCUCUGGGCAUCUGACUUUGUUAGGUCUGUAGUAGGUUAGGACACGUGGGCCAAGUUUAGGCCACUCCUGACUUGCUCAUACUCCCACUAUUGGGGACCAGAGACCCCCAGGAACGUUACGGCAUCGACGCUGGGAGCAGUGCGUGAUGGCAGUAUGCAUGUUGCGUGGUCAGGGUGCCGUGCUCCUUUCAUCGGGGGACCCCGAGGCGGUCUAGCAGGGAGGCUGGUGCCGGCUUAUUCAGUGACACCUUCCACGAGGGGCUCAGCCACAGACUGCACCUGGAGGUUCAUCCAAGGGACAGGGGUUAAGGAGAGCAGUGGGCUGAUUCCUCUCACCUGUAACAAAGCUGACAUGAUUCCGGAGAAUUCUGCCACUUCUGCGGCAAUCUGACAGGUCUAAGCAUUUGCUUGCCGUGUUAAGGCAAAGUGGCAUCAUUAGUAGCAUUAAAAGGAUGAGUCUUUUUUCUCCCAGCCUAAAUGACUAUAUACGUAUAAAAAUAAGCAGCUGUUAAAGGCUGGAAUUUUCAAAAGACCAAGCAGAGAAACUCCCUGUUCCUGUAUCUUCCUCUGCCUGUCCCACGGAAGUCGUAGUCUUGGUGUGCGCCUGUGGCUUUCUUCGUGCGUUUGAGCAUGCUGUGAUUAAGACCAGAUCCGUUCCUCAGAAAAAUCCCUCCCUAGUGGCUCUGAUGUCUGGGAUCUGUUUGCUGAUUCAGCUUUUGUAAAGAUGGAGACUAUCUUUGGUCUCCAGGGAGUUGGUGUUUGGCCUGUAAUGAGCUUAGAAGAUGCAGCGAUGAGUGGAAGCUCCUGACUGCACGUAAGGUCAGCAAGGACGUUGCCCUCACCUCUCCGUGUCUGCUGGGUGUAGAGUACUAGCUCAGGGAGUGGGGUAGUUGGAAAUACUUCAUCCACUGAUCUCCUUGCUUUCCCACAUCUCCAGCUGCUUAGCGUCCGGAUCCUGAAAAGGGCGUCCUUUUCAGUGGAGUAGCAUCUUUUAACUAGAUCACAGCAUGGAGGCCAAACUUGAGCAAAGAACAGGCAUGGAAUAAAAGGCGCUGGAAGCAAGCAGAGGAGGAAAGCAGCAGUUGCUGGGUUUUUGUUUUUAAAGACCGUGAGAUCCAUCAGAUCCAUUUGUGAGAAAAUAGGGCACUUUGUCUUAAGAAAAGGAAGAAACCCACAGCAAACCUGUCCUGUGACUGGUGACUCCCGUGAACCUGUGUUGGAGGCACCACAGCAGCCUGGACCCUGUGUUUUCUAGCGGGACAGCACUUGGAGCUUGCGGUCUGGGCGGCAGAACUCACCGCGGUUUCCUUUAAUAAUCGUUAAGCCAUAUCAUCGAAGGUUUUCGGCUUGUUUGAGAUGUGAAUUUGUUUUAUAGAUUAUAAAUAUACAUAUACAGUGUAUGUAUAAAGCAGAAUGCCUGUCCUUCCUGAUUAUUUUUUGUACCAUAUUGUAAAUUAUAUUAUUUAUUCUUUACCAAUUUUGGGAAUAAAAGGUGUUUUGGUUAUUUAAUAUAAUAAACAAAAGCUGUUAAACUUCUUAUGUUUAAAUUUCCAGUUCAACUUGUAAAUCUGUUUUUAUUAUUGUGCAUAAAUACAUACUAAUACUUGAUCUAA